GCUUCCCACCAUCACUGCUGAAGCAUUUUAUCUCUCCUGAGAUGAAAACCACUGCCAGUAGGGCCAAAGGUUGAAGCAGCCCAUAGAAGAUCGCUUUGGCCCUCAAAAAUUCUAUGAUAACCGAUCACUUGAGAACGUUUGUGUGACCUCUUUGAUAUUGCACAGACCCAGAAAUGUUGGGAAUUACAACCGAAAUCAGUCCAGCUCAACGGGAUAAAGUGCUUCUCCAAUAUCUACCCAGUUUGUACACCGAGCGACACUUCGCAGGAUGUCAGCCUGAACGUCACUGGCAAAACCAACCGUCUGCUGCCUUCCUUUGUGAAAAGAGGAGCCUCUGUACAGCUCCGCAUUUUAGUAAGCUGAUUCUUGCCACUUCUUGCAAAGUUUUCAAGGUUAUUGCAAAAUGCCAGGCCCUGGACGCAUGUCAAAACGCCCAGAAGGUCUGAGCCAGCCUGCACCUUCCCGGGAGCCCUGCUGGGAAGCGCAGAGCAGAAAUUGGCUGCAGCUGUCCCCGUUUCUUAGGAAUGGCAGAGCUUGGCCAAAGCCGUGUUAACAAGCAAUGAAAUAAUGAAUUGCUGUCUUCUUGCCAUUUUUUUCUUCUUGCCUGCCCUUCCUUUUACAGCUGCAAAAUCCAAGAACUCAAAAGGAAGUCUCAACACAUGUCGAUCUGAGACAAUGGAAGCUCCCCGCAGCCGCGGGAGCACAGGAAGGCAUUUUUGCCCCCUCUGCUGUCCCAGCCCAAGGGAGGGGUUAGCUGAGCAGCCCGAGGUGCUCGGGGCUCUUCUCUGAUUCUUUAGAAUCAAAAAAAUCUUCUAUUUCUGUGUGGCUUUGAAUUCUUUUGAACUAAAAAAUCCACCUUUUUUAAUUACCCCCCUCUUUAAUUUUUUUUUUUUUUUUUGGUCUCUCUGGCUUUUAAUUCUUUUGAACCAAAAAUUCUCUUUUUCUGCGUGGCUGUUGGAAAGACACUAGCUGCUCCCGCAUGCAGUUCUGCUGUCACAGGUUUGGAUGUGCUCAGUGGCUGCAGAAGAAUUAGAAACGAAAGGAAGCACGAGUGCCAACAGGGUUAGAAGAUACCUCUAUAUUUUUCGGAUACAUUUGGAAGGACGAGGAGGAUCCCCAAUGCUUCGCAGCUGAAGGAGCCAGCCUAUGGUGCCAGCCGCCACCGCCGACCACCACAUCAGCAAGGACUGAACCUGGACAGAGGAGCUCCUGCUCAGGAAAUCAGGUUUUCUAGCCUGGGAGAAUCAAUAUGUUGGAUCAGAUCCAUCUGCUGGCUGCCGUGACAGUUCUGGGAGUCCUGGAACAAGCCUACUUCUUCCUCCAGGUGAUCUAUGCCAGGCGGAAGUUUGGUGUUUCUCCUCCAAAUAUCUCAGGCCCACCUGAAUUUGAGAGGAUCUUUCGAGCACAGGUGAACUCCUCCGAGUAUUUUCCCAUCUUUGUGGCACUUCUGUGGCAGGCUGGACUCUUCUUCCAUCAAGGUCUGGCUGCAGCCUUGGGUCUGCUCUAUCUCUACUCCCGCUACUGCUACUUUAUGGGAUACAGGGCAUCGUCCUCGGAAAGGCUCGCCCCCAUCUACUUUAGCACUGGGGUUCUCUGGAUCCUUGUGGCAGCGUCGGCCCUGGGCCUCCUGCAUUUCUUCCUCUCUCACUACACGGGGCUGAACAUCCUCCAGCUGCUCGCAGCGUGACGCCCCGUUCCUCAUCCGUGUCCUCACCUCCGUGUCCCGCUGCCUUGCACUCCUUGUAGCGGAUGGCUUGCACCGAGUACAGCCCUUGGUGGCAAAUCCACCCUCACCUGAACUUUAAACACCUCCCUCCCUGCUGCCCCGUGCUGGCAGGAACCACGGAGCUAUUCCAGAGGUAUUUUUCCCCAUGUGCUCUUUGCGCCAAUUGCUCUGUAUCUGGCAACUCUGUCAUGACCGAUGCUGAAACAACAACGCCCUGAAAAAAGGAGAAUUUUAGGAAAACAGGACACAGAAAAGUGAGCUCAUCUCAGCCCCAGCUUCCCAGCCAGGGCAGAUGCCAAGACGUUCCCAUGCUCCCUGUGGGUACAUCCAGCCCAGGCAUCACUGCGGGGUCAGUGCCAGCUUUCCGGAGCCCACACCUAGGAAAGGCAUUUGUCUGGAACCACCUGUGGGCUGGGGCAGGGCGAGGGGUGAGGGAUAAAGAGGAGCGGCCGUAAACACACCGAUGGCUGUGCUAUGCGACGGUCUGCUCCGAGCAGCUUGCAAGGCAGCAGAGCCAGAGGGAGAGGGAGCGGACUCACAACCACUGCUGCACAUGUAACUUUGAGUAUCGCUGAGCAACAACGUGCGCGGGAGCUACUGCCAAUAAAAAGGCGCUGAGCUUGCUGUGCUGUGCUCCUUGUGGGGCUGUGUGUGGCACAGGACAAAAGCUGUGUGUUUUGAGCUCAAGGCUACUGCCUCAGUCUCCCUGCAGCAGGAGUGCCAGUAGUGAGAAGACAAUUUUCAGUGGUGCAGAGCCCCCGGGCUUGGGUCUGAGGUGCCCAGAAGUGAAUAUUCAGCCCUGCUGAGUGCUUUGGCCGGUGCUGGGGUCUCCCUCUGGGCUCAGCCCCCUGUGAGGGGGAGGGCUGGGUUUCCACAGAUGCUCAGCAUUGGAAGCACUGAGCCUUUUGCCUCUCAGUCCCCCCGUGUUAGCAGCACAGCUUAGAAAACACCAGAAGUGCUCUGAGCCCUCGUCACGGGGAAUUCUCAUCAAGCCCAGGGAACAAAAACAACUCCGUUAGUGUGCUGACAGCUCAACCAGGUUUUAAAGGCUGCCAUCCUCCCCUCCCUCCCCUAGUGACAGACAUAUCUUACACUGUAAGAACAUGAGGUGUUUUUUUUCUGGAAGGGAUGAACUUUUCACAUUGCUUCAUUUCCUUCCCUGCACUUUAAUUGGCUUGUUCAGCAAAGCUCCCACUCCGUUUCCCUUUUCAGGCUCUUCUGCCUUGGAUCAGAGCACACACUGCAUGGGAAGGCUUAAAUUCAAAGAGAAAUAACUGUACAGCACUCAUCUGUGCAGAGUUUUCAGCACAGCGGGGCCCCAUCCUCACAGGAGCCCGGGAUGUCAGCCAUGUAAAAAGACAGAGUAACUUUUUCUAGCGGUGUUGGCAAAACCCUUUGGCAAAAGCAGAGGGAUGUUUUACCCUGGCUGUGCCUUAGGGAGGUACAGACGCAUCACCUGCCCCGCUGAGAUUUUACGUAGCCAUCCCAUCAAUGCCUCCCACCACCUCCUGAUGCAUUUUCUCUCCUCACCCCUUCACCAGCACCACCAGCACCUCGCGGCCACCCAGCGCGCUCCGGGCUUUGGGUUCCUGCCUCCCCUCAAACCCCAUCCGUGUGAGCCCAAGUUGCUUCACACACUACCUCCAUCUCCCACCCCACAACCCAUUUCCCAACCCCACAGCACCAGCUUGGGGCCACUGCCCACCUCAGGCCCACUGGCCUGGGUAAAUAUUUAACCCUGCCACAGAAAAGAAGCCCAGGGCAUCAUCCCUUGGAAACAGCCAUCGGGGGUGCCGCAGGUGCCCCCCCCAGCCCAGGGGUGCUGCCACGGCUCAGCUCCUUCAGACCAGGGAAUGGGGGAAUGGUCUGCUCCAACAACCGGAGGCCUGGCUCCGAGGGGGGGUCCCCCGGAGGUGCCGGGAGCCGAGGCCGGGCCGGGGGCUCCGAGGCUCGGCCACACGCGGGGCCGCUCGGGCGGGCGGCGGGCACCAGGGGGCGCCGGUGCCACGCGGGGCCGGGGCCGGGCCUGGCCCUGGUGUUAGGAGUAGUGGGGGGGGGAGGUCCUGCAGCCUCGCGGAAAUCUCCUCGAGACACGUCCUAUUAAAGUCCGAAGAGCCCCCUGAAAGUGCUUCACAGAUUUCUGGACUCCUUUCUGCUCCCCCCCCUGCUGCCAGGCCCGGCCCGGGGCACUUGGAAGCGAAUCUGCUCGCGCACGGCCGCAGCCCCUGCGGCCAAGCAGCCAGCACAGCAAAGGAAACCUGAAGAAGGAGCGAGAUCUUUUCUGUCUUGUAACCAAGCCUCCCUCCCGGUGGGCCUUGUCGCCCCUGGGAGGUGGAAGCACGCAGAUCUGCCCCACUGAAAGCCUCUGCCACCUGCUGCAGGGAUCUCCAUGCACAUACACGCUGGGAUUCCUGCACGUGUGCGGGAACCGAGGCUCCUGUAAGGCUUUCGUACAGCAAUAAAGAAGUUUGCAGCAUAUUAUCUUGAAAACCUCAAGGGCACACACGUGUACUUUCCUCCCCUUCGUGUGACGGCCUGUGCAGGAUACGUGCACAGACAGGUCUGGUGUGCGGGUUUGCACACAGCGCCCGGCACCCGAAACGCUGUGCCUGGGACCAUGGGAGGAAACGCAGCCGAGCAGGAGGAAGAGCGACAUGCUAAGGGUUUGCAGGGCCACAGGGAGCAGAUCCUUGGCUUCCUGCAAGAAGCAGCACUAACUUUUUUCAGGGGGUGUUUGGGAGAGAAAGGGGCUGGGGGAGGAGGGUGCAGCUGGUGGCCCUGGCUUUGUGGCGCCGGCAUGUCACCCAGGUUUCCAUAGCACCAGCAUCCAUAACACGGGGCCGAGGGGAGGGAGAGAAGUAGGUCAGACUGGGCUAACAAUACCCAGACGGGUCCAUGUCCACAGCUCAGGCUGAUCCGGGAAAGGGGGUGAAGCAGAGGGGAAAAGGAGAGAAAACAACAACAAAAAGACGAAAACACAAAGCGUCCCUAGUUUGAACAGCGCGUUUCUUUCCUUCAGGAAGAAAAAAGAAAAAAAAAAGGAAAACCUUUUAAAGCCACCUUUGUGUAUCAGUACUGAGAAACCAAGACUAGCACCCACCUCCUGCCCAUCUGACAACAGACUACAAGGGAAUUCAAAUGCUAAUUUGGAGCCAGACUGCUCAAUGGGUCUUUAUUUCCACAGCAGCUCCAGCAUCAGAGCUCCCAGGAGCCAGGCUGCUGAAGCAGGGAGGAAGCUCAUCUCCAGACCAGUCCUGAAAAAAGCUUCCCUUCCCCUUCUCCUUUCCUGAUUUUGUUAUCGACUUGUCUUAGUUUUACUUGUUUACAUUCAAGGGCAAGGAAAAGGAAAAGAAGUCACACUGGAGUUGUGCAACAAGAAUAACCGCUGUAGUGACCCAUUUUAUGUGCUGAGUCUGCAGAGGCUGCACUAUCAACAUAACAGCAUUUUGGUGUUUGCCUGUGUGCAGAAUAAUCGUUUUGAAUUAUGUAUCGAUCAAUGCCAAAAGUGCAGAGAACGCUCAGGUUCUGGGAGGCAAGAAGCAGAACCCUGCUGAUCCGAGCAAACACACAGGCAGAGAUAUCUGCUGGGUGUGUAACAGCAAGAUCAGAGGCAGGACUGCCUUGCUCAGGGAAACUGGGGGGGUGUACGUGCAUGCAACAGCUGUGGUACAUGGCCAGGAAAAUCCACAUGUAAAGGUUAAAAUUUGCCUUGUCUUCAUCAGCUUUGUACAUCCCUGUAAUUACCACUUGUAAGGCAGCACUGAGAAUUCAUCUU